AUGUCUUCAACACCCAAGAUCAUCGCCGUAGUGGGCGGCACAGGCAACCUCGGAAGCUCGGUCGCUAGAUCGCUCUACGAUAACCCCGAUUUUCAGGUCAGGGUUUUGUCUCGUGAUCCUACAACAGAGAAGGCCAGAGCGUUGACGCAGAAUGGUAUUGAAGUUGUCAAAAGCGACAACUGGAACACGGAAGAUUUAAAACGUGCACUCUCUGGGUGCUGGGGAAUAUUUAUCAACAUUGAUUCCGAUGCCCCAAACUUUAAAGAGAGGAUAGGUCCUUCUGAGCAAGACAUGGGCAAAAUCAUUGUCAACGCUGCCGUCAAGGCUGGUGUCCAACAUGCCGUUCAUGCUUCGCUCCCUGCUGCUACCAAACUAACAGGUGGUAAAGUGCCACUGCUCGCAUUCGAUGGUAAUUAUAUGCCUCUCAUUUCUUUUUAUUUGGAUAUUUGUGCUUCUAGGGUCCCUCACGUUACCCAAGUUCGAAAUCAGUGCAACCCAUCAGCCAAGAGCACAGUACUGACUCGCAUCUCUCUUUCUCUUCUUCUAGACAAAGCUGCAAUCUCGGAAUAUAUCUUAGAACCUGGAAGAUUUAAAACAGCGACCAUCGUCAGCGCGGGAUGGUUUUUGGGAAAUGCUUUCGAUCCCAAAUAUACCGCUGCAUUCGGAGGAUUUGCCACCACCAAGGAUGCCGAUGGAUACCUCACUUAUAGAGUCCCGGCGAUGGGUAAUAAACCGGAGUCGGUUCCUUGGGUGGCCGUGGCCGAAGACUAUGGAGACUUUGUACACGGCGUGUUUCUUGACCCUGAGAAAUGGGACAAGAGAUACAUUCAUGGGGUGUCUGAGUCUGCGUCUUUCGCAGGGCUGACAGCUAAAUUCCAAGAUGUCACAGGUAAACCUGCACGACAUGUUGAGAUUCCAUUGGGCGGUUUGACGGCGACGGUACCAUCCAAGACAAGAGAAGUCAAUGGCUUGUUUGAUCUUAUGCAGGCUAUUCAAGGCAACUUCUUCAAUGGCGAGCCUACUCAGCAUCAAGAAGCUCGUGAUCUGAAAGAAGCGGCGUGUAGAGCUCGAAAGUCUAGUGGCAGUGGACGACCGACCACUUUAGAGGAGUAUUUCAGGAAAUACGCUCUGUAA